GUACGUUGGACAACCUGACUGGGUCCGAGUCACUGCGCAAUUUUGCUGUUGGCCAUAUCGAACCUGAAAGGGAUCGGGUGCCAUGGAACACUAAGAAGAAGAAGACUGGUCUUCCACUUCGCGUGUUGCUCGAGAGGCACGAUGUCGGCACACAAGACGUUCAUCAUCAAGCGAAAGCUUGCCAAAAAGCUGAAGCAAAACAGACCGAUUCCCCAAUGGGUGAGGAUGAGGACUGGUAACACCAUCCGAUACAACGCCAAGAGGCGUCACUGGAGGAGAACAAAGUUGAAGUUGUAAAUCGUGAACUUCGUAGAACCUUGUGCUACUAAUGUAUCAAUAAACUACAAUAAAGAUAUGAUGCGAUCUUAAGGAUCUAAUAUAAUAAACAUUUGGCAGAAUAAAAUCUUUUCAAAAGCA